AUGAACGCUCCAGCCUUUAUAGGAGGACCUGAUCCUGUGGUUGGAGAGAAUUGGGUACAGGAGAUAGCGGAGAUUAUGGUUGUACUCAACUGCACCGACGAACAGAAUGUCCGCUAUGUAGCUUUUAAGAUGAUAGGAGAGGCGAAGCACUGGUGGCUUUCUGCGAAGCUGCUGGAGGAUCAGAGGGUAGUAAGGAUAGCUCUUACUUGGAAGAUAUUCAAGGAGCUGUUCUUUGACAAGUAUUUUCCUUCAUCUGUCAGGGAGGAGAAGAUUGAAGAGUUUACUAAUUUGACCCAGGGAGAUAUGACAGUUGCGGUUUGUGCGGCUAAAUUUGCGAAAUUGUCACGUUUUGCUCCAUUUCUAGUCCCAAAUGAAGUAAGGAAGGCCAGAAAAUUUAAGAAAGGCCUGAGGUGCAGAAUCUACGAGCUGGUGGUCGGGUUUCAGUUUGAGGCCAGUCAGGGAUCAGCGAAGAAAGGAAAAGAAGCAAUGGGCUCCUUAUGUCUGAAGUAUGAUAAGAGGCAUAGGGGCGAAUGCUGGUAUGGCACUCCGAAUUGCUACAGGUGCGGUAAGCUAGGGCACCACAGGAAAGAUUGCAGAGAACCUUUGCCUAUGGUAGCUGCUCAGAAUCAGGAUCGAGGAAAACAAUAG